AUGGUUGGGGGUUGGGGGGGUCUCUGUCCAUCUCUCACCUCCCCCCUUUGUUCCAGGGGCUCCCCGGACUGGCUGCCCCUCCUGCGGUCACUCCCCGGGGGUGGGGCUGAGGAGGGGGCCCCCUCCAGCCCUUUGUCCCCCCGGCCCUGCCAGCCCCGGCGCCACAUCGUCUUCCUGAAGACGCACAAGACGGGCAGCAGCACCAUUGUGAACCUGCUGCACCGGUUCGGGGAGACACGGGGCCUGCGCUUCGCCCUGCCCCCCCGCUACCAGUUCGGGUACCCACACCCCUUCCAGGCCCGGCGGGUGAAGGGCUACAGGCCGGGGGGGCCCAGCUUCGACAUCCUCUGCCACCACAUGCGCUUCGACCUGCCCGAGGUGCAGAAAGUGAUGCCCCCCGACAGCUUCUACUUCUCCAUCGUGAGGGACCCGGGGUCGCUGGCUGAAUCCGCCUUCUCCUACUACCGGGGGGUGGCGCCGGCUUUCCGCCGGGCGGGCUCGCUGGCCCAGUUUCUGGUGGCGCCCGAGCGCUUCUACGACCCGGCCGAGCGGGGCAACCACUACGCCCGCAACCUGCUGUGGUUCGACUUCGGGCUGGCGCCGCCGGCCACACCGGGCCCCGAGGCUAUGCGGGCGGUGCUGGCCCGGCUGGACCGGACCUUCCCGCUGGUGCUGCUGACGGAGCACUUUGACGAGUCGCUGGUGCUGCUGCGGGAGGCGCUGUGCUGGGCGGAGGAGGACGUGGACGCCUUCCGGCACAACGGGCGCAACCCCCGGGCCGUGCGGCCCCUGGACCCCGCCCAGGCCGCCCGGCUGCGGGCCUGGAACGCCCUGGACUGGCAGCUCUACGCCCACUUCAACCGCAGCUUCUGGCGCCGCGUGGAGGCCUUCGGGCCGGCUCGGCUGCGGGCCGAGGUGGCCCGGCUGCGGGAGCGGCGCCGGGCGCUGGCCGAGCACUGCCUGCAGGGCGGGGGCCCCGUGGAGGCGGCCAGCAUCCCCGACAAGCAGAUCCGCCCCUUCCAGUUCGGCCAGGCGCAGAUCCUGGGCUAUGCGCUGCGGCCGGGGCUGGGGCCCGCCGACCAGCAACUCUGCACCCGCAUGGUCACCCCCGAGCUGCAGUACAAGGACAGGCUGGACGCCCGACAGUUUGGGGCCAACAGCUCAGAGGGCGCGGCCGGGAGGGGGGGCAGGUAGCCGGGGGCCGCCUCUCCCCACCCCUGCCCACGGUACGGACCCCCUGGACCAGACAGAUGUGGGGGGAAUGCGGUACAUACCCUCAUGGGGACCCCACAGAUCCGGCCCCCCGGCACAGACACGGGUAGAUAGGGGGCACAGCCCCCAGCACAGACAUGGGGAGCAAUGGGGCACAAAACUGUUGUAUCACCCAGGCAAGGUACUAACAAACUUCAACAGGACUUUAUUUUUACAGUGGAAACCUCUUUACCAAGCUGCUGCUGCU